AUGAAUGAUUUGAAAUCAACAUCGAAGACAAGAGAAGUCGUUCCUUCCACAAUGGUCUGCACGAUGUUAUCUUCAACGAACUACACGGUAUGGGCGAUGAGAAUGAAGGUGUUAUUACGAGUUCAUAAGUUUUGGGAAUCAAUUGAACCAGAGACAGACGAUGAAGAGAAGAAGAAUAUCGAUACUGCUCUCAUGUUUCAAUGGAUUCCGGAAAACCAAAUAUUGCAAGUUGGUGAAGUCGACUCGCCUAAAAAAAUCUGGGAAGCCGUCAAAUCAAGAAACCUUGGUGUUGAAUGUGUGAAGGAAACGCGACUUCAAACCUUGAUGAACGCGUUUAAACGUCUCAGAAUGAAAGACACCGACUCAAUAGAUAUCUUUACGGGCAAGAUAUCAGAAUUGGCCUCAAAAUCCACAGCUUUAGGUCAAACGUUAAAAGAACCUAAGCUUGUAAAGAAGUUCCUGAACAACUUACCGCAAAGAAAAGCUUCGAAGAUAUUGUUGAGAGACUCAAGGCGUAUGAAGAACAGAUUCAGGGAGAAAAUAGACAAGAGCCAUAAGGAAAUCUUCUGUACACCGACUCCAAUCAAUCAUACAACUCAAGAGGAAGAGGUAGAAGUUGGAAUCGUGGUCGAGGAAACAGAGGAAAAGGGCGUGGAAGAACCAACACACAAGCAAGAGGCAAAGGAAAGAAGGUCUACUCUCAAAUUACGUGUUACUAUUGUAAGAAAAAAAUACUACUUCGCCUCUUUUUAUCCUGAGAAGAAUCAAGACGAUCACGAUCUAAACAAAGCAGAUAUAGAGGAAGCUGAUAUCGCUUUGUAUAUGCACGAGAUUGUAUUCCUUAAUGAAGAUAAGGUCAUACCGAAGAUGCUAGAACAAAGCAAACGAGAAGAUGGAAUGUGGUACUUGGAUAACGGAGCAAGUAACCAUAUGACUGGUGAGAGAUCAUACUUCUCUGAACUUAACGAAAGCAUCAAAGGAAAGGUGAAGUUUGGUGAUGGUUCAUGUGUCGACAUCAAUGACAAAGGGUCGAUGCUGUUUGAAGCAAAAACAGGGGAACAUAGAUUCUUGACCGACAUAUACUACAUUCCAGACCUAAAGAGCAAUAUAUUGAGCUUAGUACAAGCUACUGAACAAGGGUGA